CUUCUCCAACAACAUCAUCAUCAUCAUAUCGCAUCGGGCUUCGUUCUCGCUAUCUCUCUCUCUCUCUUUCUCUCUUUCUCUCUCAUCGGCCCGCGAUCACCCGAUCCGAGCGCCGUGUCGGGAGUUCCCAUUUGUCGGCGGGGACAUCCACACCGCUCGUUCUGCCUCGGGAUCGGAAUGCGCGCGCCGAGGAGAUGAACCACUCGGGGGUGCCCGACGAGGACAACGAGGAGUUCUACGAGUCUUUGGAUCGGAUCUUAUCGUCAUCUUGCUCUUCCACCUCCGCCUCGGAUGAUGACGCCGCCGACCACCACCGCCGUCGACAUCACCACCGGAGAGGACACUGUGUGCCGCGGUUUCCACCGCCUUCUGCGCUUUCCUAUGAUGUGUGGAUCGCGGAGCCGGCGUCCGUGGAGGAGCGUCGAAGAAGGCUUCUUAAGCAGUUGGGGCUUGCCGGUGACCCGGCGCUGGCACGGCACCGUGCUGGGGCGGUGCCAGGUGGUGGUGAGAUCGGACGCUCUGUGUCUUGUGAUGGUCUCUGCCGCCCGAGCGCUGGCGAGGUUGGUGGUGGUGUGGCUCAGAUUGGGCGAUCGCGAUCGGAUGGCUGCGUUGAUCCUCUUUCGCAUUUGCAGGGGUGUGCGAAACCGCCGGUGAUGUCGAGAUCGCUGGUGUCCAGGGAGGAAUCGGAUGGGGAGGAGUUUGGGGAUGGGGAUAGGAGGUUGAGGAUCAGGAACUUGGAUGAUGGGAGGGAGUUUGUGGUAAGGGAGGAUGGGAGUUGGGAUAGGGUGAGGGAGGUCGGGACGGGACGGCAGCUCACGAUGGAGGAGUUUGAGAUGUGCGUCGGUCGCUCCCCGAUCGUUCAGGAGCUCAUGCGGCGGCAGCAGGCCGCCGAUUCCACGAGCAACAGCGAUGGCGUCUCGCCGGUGAGCAGUGGUGGGGUUGGCGGUGCUGGUUCGCGGUCCACUGGGUCGGCAAGGCACAAGAAGAGGGGAAGCUGGCUUCGGAGUAUCAAGAGCGUGGCUGGUAGCGUUGUUGCCGGUGGGUAUCACCAUCACCGGGACCGGCGGAGCAGUGACGAGAAGGACACAUCUUCGGAGAAGGGUGGACGGAGAUCGAGCUCUGCUACUGAUGAUAGCCAGGACGGUCCUCACCAUUUCCCUGAGAGGGUUAAAGUGCGGCAAUACGGCAAGUCCCACAAGGAGCUCACUGCUUUGUGCCUUAGCCAGGAGAUCCAGGCGCAUAGCGGGUCCAUCUGGAGCAUAAAAUUCAGCUUGGACGGGAGGUUCCUUGCGAGCGCUGGGGAGGACUGUGUCAUCCAUGUGUGGCAGGUCAGUGAGUAUGAGAGGAGGGAGGAGUUAUUCUUGGAUAGAGGGAUGGAAGAGAAUGGGAAUUGCAAUCCUUUUUUCGCCGCCAUUACCAAUGGCUCGCCAGAACCUGUGUUAGCAUUGGCUUGUGUGGAGGGGAGUCACUGGGAGAAGAAGAGGAGGGCAAAGGUCUCGGGUAGCAGGAAAUCGGUGGGCUCUGACCAUGCGAUGGUGCCUGAGCAUGUGUUCGCCCUGGCAGAGAAACCAUUCUGUUCAUUCAAGGGCCACCGUGCUGAUGUUCUUGAUCUCUCAUGGUCAAAAUCUCAGUAUUUGCUUUCAUCUUCAAUGGACAAAACAGUUAGGCUGUGGCACAUGUCCAGCAUUUCCUGCCUAAAAACGUUUUCCCACAGUGAUUAUGUGACUUGCAUCCAGUUCAAUCCUGUUGAUGACCGGUAUUUCAUUAGCGGAUCCCUAGAUGAGAAAGUCCGCAUAUGGAGUAUUCCGGAUCGCCAAAUUGUUGAUUGGAAUGAUCUCCAUGAAAUGGUCACUGCUGCUUGCUACACCCCUGAUGGGCAGGGUGCACUAGUGGGUUCACAUAAGGGGAGCUGUCACUUGUAUGACACAUCUGAGAAUAAACUGCAGCAAAAAAGUCGGAUUGACUUACAGAACAAGAAAAAGAGGUCCAGCCACAAAAAAAUUACUGGUUUCCAGUUUGAACCAGGUAGUUCCUCAGAAGUGCUAAUUACGUCUGCAGAUUCACGAAUCCGGGUUGUUGAUGGUGUUGAACUAGUUCACAAAUACAAAGGUUUUCGCAAUACAAGCAGCCAAAUCUCGGCUUCUGUGACCUCAAAUGGAAAACAUGUGAUAUGUGCUAGUGAGGACUCUCAUGUGUACGUUUGGCGACAUGAUGCUGAUUCUCGACCAAGCAAAGGCAAAGGAGUUAUAUCUGUGACACAGUCUUAUGAACACUUCCAUUGUCAGGAUGUAACUGUGGCUGUUCCUUGGCCGGGCAUUACCAUGGGAGGAAAGCUCAGAACUCUCAGCAACAGGCAAGCUGAUCUGGAUGGAGUCCCAAGCGCUUCUUUAGAUAUUCAUUCCGAGUCCAAUGGCCAUGAGGGCAUGUCAUCAUACAAGUACGCUGAGUGCUCACAGUACAACGGCGCUCCCAAUUCAAACUCUAGUCAUUUUGGCGAUAGAGUUUCAGCUACUUGGCCGGAAGAAAAAUUGCUCAUAACUUCCGGCAGAAAUAGUCCUCAAACAAAUGGUAAUUUCUGCAAUGAGGCAGUGCCGGUGCAAAGCAGAUCUGCUUGGGGAUUGGUGAUUGUGACAGCAGGACGCGGUGGUGAAAUCAAAGCCUUCCAAAAUUUCGGGUUCCCCGUUCGUAUAUAAUUGCUACUUCCCGGACAGUACCUGAAAAUGGAAAGAUCCAUUCACAAGCCAAAGCAAUUGUACAUCUCGUUGCCCCCAGGUGAAUUGCUGCUGCAGCUAUUUUGUGUAUAGAUAGAAAUGUGGAGAUAUGGCGAGGGUUGUAAUAUUCAGAGUUUUAUUCCUUUACUUUCUCAACGUGCGCACGCUUGCUUGCCAGGCGGUUUACGAGGCC